UGCCCGUCGCCGAGGCUGUGUGGAUAGCAUCCUGGUGUUAGCAGUUGGCUAACAUUGGUGAAAAAGUGCAAUUAUUGUUUUUUACGAAGGACGACUCGCAGACUAGACGCAAGUCGAGACAAACGAGAUAAGGGGUCACUUUGCACGUUUGUUUUGGUACACGACCGGUUGACUAAAACCCGAGAAAACCCCAAAAUACAGCUAACUUCUACGCUAGCUAGCGUUACAAAGUUUGUCGCGACAACGCACGCCAGCUGAUUUGUUUUCCGAGUUGUUUGCCAACGAGUUGUGACAGCCAGUUGUGAUUUGUUCACUGAACUGUGGUAUAGACGGCUUGUCUGUAGUGAGUGUCACAGCUCCCAUAAACAAUGGAGUAACGUUUACACCAAUGUAGCAGCUAAUGCUAAUCGUAGCAGCAACUCCGGUUAAAGUCGGCACUGUUGAUAAAUUCGCAUUUCUCAAUUUUAAACAUCCAGAUCAUCUUGAACCAACAUUCAUCAUGUAUGAAAUACGUCCAUGGUAUAUGUAAGAUUUGCUGCCAUGUACAAUGUUAGCACUUGGUUGAAUUCGGGGAUUAAUGCUGGUGUAUUGUUUAUAGCGAGCACAUCUGUCGGCAUUGUUUUAUAGUCCGCACACUUUUCACGAUGCACAUUUUAUAUUUGUAAGCGCAAAAUAUUUCCUUGUACGGGCACAUUUUGCUACUUGUUGAUCCCAGACGGUCUGUAGAGAAACUAUAGAUUGAGCUAUGUCGGGGGACGCGUCUGAUAGCAGCGACGAUUCCGACUCCAGGCAACAUGACAGAGCCCGGACCGUCGAACACCAAAUUACUGAUGCCAACUUUACGGGGCACACUGAGAAAGUUGGCAUGGAGAACUUUGAGCUGCUGAAAGUCUUGGGCACUGGAGCGUAUGGAAAAGUGUUUUUGGUCAGAAAAAACAGUGGCCAUGAUGCAGGCCAACUAUAUGCGAUGAAAGUGCUGAAGAAGGCUGCUAUUGUCCAAAAGGCAAAGACUACAGAACACACUCGAACAGAGAGGCAGGUGCUGGAGCACAUACGCCAAUCACCCUUUCUGGUCACACUCCAUUAUGCGUUUCAGACUCAAAGCAAGCUGCAUCUCAUCCUGGACUAUGUAAGUGGUGGGGAGAUGUUCACACAUUUGUACCAGCGGGAUCACUUUCCAGAAGAAGCAGUGCGGAUAUACAUAGGAGAAAUCAUCCUUGCCCUGGAACAUCUGCACAAACUGGGGAUCGUUUACAGAGACAUCAAAUUGGAAAACAUUCUUCUUGACAGUGACGGACAUAUAGUAUUGACAGACUUCGGGCUCAGCAAAGAGUUUCUUGAGGAGGAGAAAGAAAGAACUUACUCAUUUUGUGGAACUAUUGAGUACAUGGCCCCUGAAAUUAUCCGGGGGAAGGCAGGACAUGGCAAGUCUGUAGAUUGGUGGAGUCUGGGGAUCUUGAUGUUUGAGCUUCUGACUGGAGCGUCUCCAUUUACCUUAGAAGGCGAGCGAAAUUCCCAGAGCGAGGUGUCAAAACGUAUUUUACGCUGUGAUCCACCGUUUCCAUCCAUGAUUGGGCACACUGCUCAGGACCUGCUGAAAAAGUUGCUGGUAAAAGAUCCCCAUAAAAGGCUGGGCUCUGGACCCAAAGGAGCAGAGGACAUAAAAAAACACCCUUUUUUUAAGGGUUUAAACUGGGAAGAUUUGGCUAAGAAGAAAGUCGCCAGUCCAUUCAAGCCAGAGUUGAAGAGUGAACUAGACACGGGGAACUUUGCAGAGGAGUUUACUGGGAUGGAUCCGGUCUAUUCUCCAGCGAGCACACCCCCAAGCACUGACAGAUUGUUUCAGGGCUACUCCUUUAUUGCUCCCUCCAUCCUGUUUAAUAAAAAUGCCGUGAUGGGCGACUUUGUGGAGUCGCAGGUUCAUACUCAUCGGCCAGGAUCAGCCUCAGUCCAACGCAGUGCAAUGUUGCAGGAAUCACAAUUUUUCCUGCACUACGACCUCUGUCUGCAGGGGCCGCCAUUGGGUGAGGGGAGUUUCUCUGUGUGCAGGAAAUGCAAGCACAAACAAAGUGGGAACGAAUAUGCCGUCAAGAUUGUCAGCCGCAGGAUGGAGGCAAAUACACAGAGGGAGAUUGCCGCGUUGCGGCAGUGUGAGUCUCAUCCAAAUAUUGUUAAGUUGCAUGAGGUCUACACUGAUCAGUUUCACACAUAUCUGGUGAUGGAGCUUCUCUGUGGUGGUGAGCUACUUGAACGGAUCAAGAAGAAGAAGCUGUUUGGUGAAGCAGAGGCCAGUCAGCUGUUACAAAGUCUUGUCUCUGCUGUCAGUUUCAUGCACGAAGCUGGGGUGGUGCAUAGAGAUCUCAAGCCUGAGAAUGUGCUAUUUGCGGAUGAGGGUGAGAACGCAGUGCUGAAAGUCAUCGAUUUUGGCUUUGCCCGCCUGUGCCCAGCAGGCAGUGCCCCUCUGCAGACUCCUUGCUUCACAUUGCAGUAUGCUGCGCCCGAACUUUUUGAGAGUGCAGGGUACGAUAAAGCCUGUGACCUCUGGAGUCUUGGGGUCAUCCUGUACACCAUGCUGUCUGGACAGGUGCCGUUCCAGAGCGAGCAGUUAGGGAUGACCUCGUCAUAUGCUGCGGAUAUCAUGCAGAAGAUUAAAGAAGGAGAUUUCUCCUUGGAUGGCGAGGCCUGGAAGGGUGUGUCGGAGGAAGCCAAAGAACUUGUCAAAGGCCUCCUGACUGUGGAUCCAGAACGCCGUCUGAAGCUCUCAGAUCUAAAAGAAAACAGCUGGCUGCAGGGGGGAGCCUCCAUGUCCACGACUCCUUUGUGCACUCCGGAUGUGCUUGAGUCCAGUGGGCCCACAGUCCGCACCUAUGUCAACGCCACGUACAAGGCUUUCAACCGUGGAAAAAGAGAGGGAUUUUUUUUGAAGAGCGUCGACAACGCUCCCCUCGCUAAGCGACGGAAGCUAAAGAUGACAAGUACAGGUGUUGAGAACCGAUGGAGUUCUUCCUCUUCGUCCUCCUCUUCUUCCACCUCCUCUUCCUCUGCAACGCCAUCAAAGCUACAGUCAAAACAAACUGUGAUCCCGAAACAGACAAAAUAACUAAACCCAUCAUGGCUUAGUUUAGUGUUACACAAAGGCUAAAUCAUGCAUUCUCUGGUGGUUGGAGGCUCCAGCAGCCCUGUAAAUAUUACAAAUGCGCGAACAUAUUCAGUAUUUUCAUGAGCGAGCACAGUCUAACAUUUAGGUGUUUUCACUGUCAAGUUAAGGGGGACAAGGGGAAAAUGGAGCCAUAAUCAACAGAAGCCAUACACACAGUGAGCCUACAGAUUAAGCUGAUAUGCAGUUGUGUUCCAAAUCAAACAAACUUUUGUGAAACUCUUCAAUCAGUUUAUUUUUAUGCAUUGCCAUCAGUGCGUGUUCUAUUUUUAGAGGGGAAGACGUGUCGAGAAUACGGUGAAUUUCAAUGAUAUUGAUAUAUUAACAGCUCUACAAGCCCAGGGUGAUUUCACCCACCCAUUCCAUUAGUCCUCUGCAUUUCUCUCUGGGUUUUGUCCCCAAAAACAGCAACUCUCUGUGGGUGAAGGGUCUUGGUGUGGAACUCGGGUGACGUUUGUGUUUGGGGCGGUUGUCUUGUUGAAACAGCCAUGGUAGGUUGAGAAACAUCACCACGCUUCACUGUCUCUUUCGACUGAGGCUCGAGUUUUUGGAGCCAUAGAGCAGCCUCAGUCCAUUUUUCUUUAGAUCUGCUGAAUGUUCUGUGGAAUAUUGUGUCCGACUCCUCGUGCGGGAACUGUCGCUGACGUUACACUAUAGUCCAAUCCACCGUCUCAUGUUCUGCUUCCAUUUUAAUCGCAAAUCAUUUUAGCCUGUUGUCUCCACUUCUUCACACCUUUUCUCCUUCCCUAGUCAACGUUCAUUAAAACUAUUCUUGUGUUGAACAAUCCGGUUUUUCAGGAAGGAGGAAUGUACAGUACAUACAACAUGAGCUGGCUUCAUUCUUCUAGAAGGGUCCCCAGUUCUUUUUCACCGAAUGAAUGACCUCUCUUCCAGCUCUCCCCUUCCAAACACUCGUUUUAUCAUGUAGACCCUGGAAGAUGUGUGUCGCGGUACUCAUGUGUCUUCUCGACCUACCGUUCACUUGUUUCUCAUAUUUUUUGGACCAACAGCAGUGAACAAGUUGGACAGCUGUUCUUUGAAUACAACUGUAAAUAUGUGUAUCUUUGGUGAGAUUUUGGAGUAGUUUUAGAUAUGUGACCAUAUGACCAGUGUUACUGUUUUCAUGGCACAUUUGCUCGACAUUGGGCAGUUCACGUUGUGUUUUCAGGAUGUGAAUGAACACCUAAAGAUGCUCCUUUAAAAUCAUGACGAAGAACAACUUUUUUAUUUUACAAGUUUGGGAGUCACUUAAUACACGUUUUAAACACAUCUCAUAUUUGAGCUCCUUUUAACCAGUCGUUCAUGACUUCAUUCCAUUAUUUCCCCGAUUGAUCCCUUCAGUUGCUCAUCAUUAAACCUCAAGGCACCAACAUAUUGUGAAACGAUUAAAAGACAAAAGACUGUGAUGAAAGAAAAAUGUAUCAUAAAGCGACUAGCUGAGUGACAUGAGAAAGUUGUCACGACUUUCUGCAUAUUCAGAUUAAAUUAAAUGACAUUUAUCACUAUUACUGUUUGACCUCUGUUGAAUGACACAAGUGCAAACUAGAAGAUAAGAAGAAAGCAAUAAUGGACUCUUUGUGUUUAAAAAUGCAUAGUUAUCAUAUGAAUAAGCAUGAAUAAAUAAACAUGUAGAGAAGUGGAAGAUAUCGGAUGCUUCAUGUCACUGAUGCAGGGAGGCAGUGACAGCAUAGUCACAGAGGAAAUACCUUCCUCCCUAAAACAAACAUUGGUUAUACAUAUGACACAACAUGUGUUUCUCUAAAACUUCCAUAGGUUGCUGUAAUAUAUAUCCUGGCCAGAGCCGAGCUCUUUAUUGCACCCAUCAAAUGUCUGGACUUUUAGUGGGAAGCACCUCUCACACAAACACAAUGCAGUAUUUUUAUUGUUCAGUGACUGUUUACAUCCAAAAACUCGACUCCUGUCACAUUAGAACCUUAAAAUAUUUGUUGAGAAAGCGCCACACAUAUUAAGGUCGGCCCUCAGAAUCCUGUUUGAGUGCAUGUUGCCUGGAAUUGGACGUGUUGUAAAGGGCACUGCAGUUUUUCAUUAACUGCAUGGAGAGAUUUUGCUACUUGAGCAUAGGUCACUUACUCAUGUGGCAAAGGUUUCACCCAAUUUUCCACCGAUCAACUCUGAAAUCCACCCGUGCGGCCUCCAUCCUGUCAGCCCUUGUUCCCGUACAUUCUUCCCUCUGAAAGAUUGAACUGCAGUUUGAACUGUGUGAAUGCUCUCAAUGUAACUAUGUUUCAAUAGAUUUUUUUUAAACGUCUGUGUUGCACACUGUGUUGAACAAUUGAAUCCAUUUUAGCUUUAAAGGUGCUUUUUUUCCUUAUAUUUAUUACACAGGAUGGGUUUUGAUAGUGUGGUUUUGGGAUACCUGAGCAGGUUUUCUGAUGUACUCUCGCACCGUGCGCGUGCGUGUUUAUUUUGUUUACUGAUCAUUCUGCACCAGAUGACGUGUAAUUACUGUAUUUUCCUCUCUUGAUGUCCACUGUCUUAUUAUUUUCCUUUUUGAUGGUUGCCACUUGUUUGUGCUUUGAAACUUUUGACUUCAAGUGCUUUAAUUGCUGUUAAUAUGUUGUUGUUGUUGUUGUUUCAGUGAAUGAUUUUGUGGAGCAUUAUUAUUUUUAAUGAGAUGCACUGUCACUGAUCUCAGAACUGGGAAUCAAGCGUUUGCACCAAGAUGUCUUUUUAAGGGAAGGUGCAAAAAAAUAAACUUUUA